CAUGAUGCAUUAUGUGAAGCCGGUCAUCAACUCGUGACGAUCCAGAAACAUCUCUCCCCAUGGUACGAUCAAAGCAAGUUGCCCAUCGUUUUUCUCAAUGUUCCAUCAUCAUUUAGUGGAGUCUCCAAUCUUUUCCUUAGAGUUCGUUGAGCUGUCCCAUAGUUUAGUCCUUUGUAAUGUAUAAAUGUCUUAAACAAUUAAUUUCAAUGCAUAGCAUUCAAAACAUGCAACGUUAAACAAAAAAGAAACGACAAACAUCGUACAUACUAAAAUCUCCCACUGAAAAAAUAAGAUCAUCAGUUUUUCUCCAUCACCCAAUUUCUCAUGGCUUCCAACCUGAAUCAACUCCAUUUUGUUUUGAUCCCAUUGAUGUCCCCAGGCCACCUUAUACCCAUGGUAGACUUGGCUAAGCUGCUAGCAAAACACGGUGUGGUUGUUUCCAUUGUCACCACCCCCGGAAACACAGUCAGGUUCAAGCCAACCAUUGAUCGUGCCGCAGAAUCAGGUCUCAUGAUCAGAAUUCUCCAGCUCCGGUUCCCGGCAGUGGAGACUGGAUUACCGGAGGGAUGUGAAAACAUUGACCAGCUUCCCUCACGGUCCAUGAUGAAGAACUACUUCAAUGCUGUCAGCAUGCUACAAGAGCCAUUCGAGCAGCUGUUUGAUAAGCUACAGCCCCGUCCCUCCUGCAUAAUCACUGGGAAGAAUCAGCCCUGGACGGUGAAAACUGCUCUCAAGUUUAAGAUUCCAAGGAUUUUCUUCGACGGAGUGGGCUGCUUUGCCUUCUCUUGCACCUAUAAUCUUGAGGUCUCUAAGGUGCACGAAACUGUCUCCAGCAAGUUUGAGCCCUUUCUGGUACCCGGUUUGCCUCAUCGGAUAGAAUUAACCAGAGCCCAGUUGCCGGAAAACCUUAACCCCGGCGCAACAGAUUUAACCUCCGUUCGUGAUAACAUCAGAGCAGCAGAACAAGAAUCAGAUGGGAUCAUCGUUAAUACUUUUGAAGAACUAGAAACAGAGUACAUCAAAGAAUAUAAAAGAGUCAAAGGAGGAAACAUCUGGUGCAUCGGCCCUGUUUCAGGUUGCAACGAAUUGAAUUCAGAUAAGGCCGAAAGAGGUCAGAAAACCUCAAUUGAUGAGACCCGGUGCUUGAAAUGGCUCGAUUCAAAGGAACCCGCGUCCGUUGUUUACGCCUGCCUCGGAAGCAUAUGCGGCCUCACGACGAACCAACUCGCGGAGCUUGGUCUUGGAAUCGAAGCAUCGAGCUAUCCGUUCAUUUGGGUAAUCAGAGAAGGAAACAAAAACUCGGAUGGAUUGGAGAAAUGGAUUUCCGAAGAAGGGUUCGAACAGAGGAUCGAAGACAGAGGACUUAUAAUACGAGGUUGGGCGCCGCAGGUUUUGAUCCUGUCUCAUCCUGCUGUUGGCGCGUUUUUGACGCACUGCGGCUGGAACUCGACGGUGGAAGGGUUGUGCGCCGGAGUGCCGAUGAUAGCAUGCCCCCUGUUCGCCGAGCAGUUCUAUAACGAGAAGCUGGUGGUGGAGGUGUUGGGGAUAGGGGCGAGUGUGGGAGUGGAGGCGGCGGUGAUAUGGGGAUUGGAGGAGAAGGCUGGGUUAGUGAUGAAGAGGGAGCAAGUAAAGAGAGCUGUGGAGGAGGUGAUGGGGAGAGAUGAAGAAGCAGAGGAAAGAAGAAGGAGGGUAAGGGAAUGGGGGGAGAUGGCAAAGAGGGCUAUUGAGGAAGGUGGAUCUUCUUACAAAAACAUGGAAAUGAUGAUCAAAUAUGUUCUGCAAAAAUCUAGUGAACUACAUUAAUUGAUGAACAAAGAUCUAUAAAACGCUUAUCAAAUU